UCUGGUUGAUUUGACAGCUAGCGAGAUUCAUCUUGUUUCGCUUGGAUUUCGGAUCAUGCAUCUAACUGCAUCUGAAUGAAAUCGCUGAGCCCGUUUGUCAGAAGUCAUUUUGGCGUUUCCCGGCGUUUAACGUGUCCUGUUUGCUUGGCCGCUAAGGUUCAUUCAUUUAGCAAACGUUAGCGUUGGCUUCCGUGCUAAUGUUAGUUGUGGCCGCUGUCCUCGGGUUACACAGUCCAGUUCGGCCGUGGGGUUAAACAGACCACUUUUGCUGCCAUGGAUUACGAGCACAAGGCGAAGGUGGUGGCUGACUGCCUGCUGAGCUACAAGAGGGACGAGUCCGGAUGGAAGGUGUGCAAGAAGUCGAAUGACGUGGUGGUGUCCUGGCGCCCUUCGUCAGAGUUCCCUGGGAAUGUCUACAAGGGUGAGGGUCUUGUCAGUGGGAGCCUGGAGAAAGUGUGGGAAUCCCUGAAGCCAGUACCCAAUGGGCUCAGGGUGAAAUGGGACAACAAUGUGAAAAGGUUUGAGCUCCUGGACCAAAUCACAGAGGACAUCUCUAUUUGCCGAACAGUCACGCCCUCUGCAGCCAUGGGUAUCAUAGCUCCACGAGACUUCGUAGACGUUAUUUUAGUUAAGAAAUAUGACGAUGGCGCAAUUUCAUCAAAUGCCACCAACGUGUGUCAUGCAAGCUGUCCUCCCCAGUCCGGCUACGUGAGAGGAUUCAACCAUCGAUGUGGUUGCAUCUGCGUCCCCAUCUCCGGAGAGCCCAAUAAAACCCAGGUCUUCACAUUCUUCCAGACGGACCUGGGCGGCUUCCUCCCUCGCUCUGUGGUCGACUCGUUUUUUCCCUCCAGUAUGGCUGAGUUCUACAGUAACCUGACCAAGACUGUUAAAUCUCUAAAGGACCUUUGAAAAGUUAGCCUCAGCGCCAAGUAGUCAGGUCACACUUUUAUUCCAUUAGAAGCAUUUCAAACUGAACGGAUAGUCCACUGCUAUAACAGUAGAUGUUAUGUUUAAUGUCCAAACCAACAGUCAGUCCACAUGUGGUUACAUGCCAAAGUUAAAAUGAGGGCUUUGAUAAAACCCACUUCCUUUGCUCCUUGACCUCGUAGGGUGUAAACAUUCACCCCAGGACCGGUCCGACCAGCUACUGCCAUGUUACCUCAUAACUGUUUUUGUACUUGAAAGUGUUUAGUUCUUUGAUUUCCCCUCUAGAGACAGUGAGCGUCUGCCUCACUUACCUCAUGAACACGAAGCACAGCUGGCUUCCAGUAGCUUCAGGUGACCACGUAUAUAUGUACUGUAAAGGUAAAAUAGAAACGUGUCUGACUCUUCCUCUUCAGGGAAAAAGCAGAAGACUGAAACAUACUAACAUUCAGUCAAGUAUUAACUUCUAAUACAGGGGUGUCAAACUUAAACCAGUCCUUUGCUGAUUUUCCAACUCUCCCUUCCCCAGAACUUGCAGAUUCCCUUGUGAUCACCUUGAUCAGGCGUGUUUAUUCACUCAGCAGCUGGAUGAGCCAACUGACACACCUGAUCAAGGUGAUCAGCAGGCAGAGUUGGAAAACCAGCAGGGACACCGGCCCUUGAGGACCACAGUUAGGUGAGUUAGAGGAUCUGAUCUUGUGUUGCAUCAUUCCAGUCUGUCACAAGAAGCUUCCGCUCAUUCCUGACUUGCCUCCUUAACCAGAACCUUCUGCCCUCAUGUGCUGAGCCAUAUUUAGCUUUUUGCUUUUUACCUACAUUGUUUUACCUCAGACCACUUCAAGUCACACUGCAGUCGUGUGCUUGAGCUCUUGCUCAUGUGGCCGUGGAGCGCUUUAUUUUUUUGUGGUAGCUGCUAAAGAAAGAACAUGGAAUGACCUCAUGAAAUUAGGGGUUGGAAACCUGAGACGCAAGUAAGGUCCCAUCUCCACCUGAGUAAUUUGAUCUGUAUGAAGUAAACCGUCAGAAUCAUGACGUGUGAUAUUUUAAAUGGAUCGGUGGCUUUUUAUUUACCCAGAAUCAUGAAUUUAAGCCCUAAAACAAGAAGAGCAAACUGACUUGUCCUGAGUGAUGCAAAAGGUGCAAAGUAGAUUCUCUCGGUAGAACCCGACUGUAUUAAAGCCUGAUGGACAUCUUUACACCAGUAGAACAGAAACUCUAGAAGCUAUGUGCAUGCUCCUCAACUGUGUCCAGUGCGCGGCUUUAUUAGAACUAAACCAGAAGUAGCUGCAGGUAGAAAUCAAGAAGCUGUCAGUGUCUCCCCCCAGAAGAGCUGGUUUACUCUUAACCUGGGGUGUCAAACCCUUGUCUCCCUUCUGAUCACCUUGACCAAGUGUCCACUAGCUGCUGAUUGGGUAAACACCUGGUCAAGGUGCUCAGUAUCAGCUGGGGCAGGUAGUGAGACCAGCAGGGCAGUAGCUCUGGAGGACCAGGGUUGGACACCUCCACUCUAAACUGAACUUUCCUCUGGAAACUGUUUCUCAUGUGCUGCUCGUCCAGAAUUAAAAUGUUCACACCAA